UUUUCCUCUCGAAAGAUGAAAACACGGGAAAGCAAAGCUAUCAGGCAAAUACCAAUCAUUCCUACUACUAUAGAAGGCGUGAGUGAUGCCCGAGUUACAAGAAGACGUUGACGAGGCCUCCAAAAAGGAAAUCAAGGACAUCCUCAUCCAAUACGACAGGACUUUGUUGGUCGGCGACCCACGUCGCUGCGAGCCGAAGAAAUUUGGUGGUCCAGGUGCCCGUGCUCGUUACCAGAAAUCAUAUCGUUAAGCUUUUAUGGCGAUAUGCGAUUAGUUAUAUUUUAAGGUGUACACUCUUGAAGGAAAAAAUACAUUUUUUAUUUUGAAAAAUGGA